AUGAGUCCGAGAGCGCUCCACGCGAGAAAAGAGAAAGAGGCCGAGCCCCUUUUCCUUCUUCCCGUUUUCGCCGCUGCUGCUGCCAUUUUUUUUUCCAUCGCCAGCAGCAUCUGCGAGAAACACCGCAAGCACGCGUCUGACGUACGGCUUCUUCUUUUUUCUUCUUCUUUUUUUCUUCUUCUUCUUCUUUUUCCCCUCACUUGUUUACUCGCCUUCAUCAUUCCCAUCAACCUUCAUAAUUGCCUGUGGCUGCUCCACGCAAGUAGAAAAAAGUGUCCUUUUCUCUCUUGCUUCGCUUAGGUUUCUCGCCUUUCACAUUCACAUGUUGCUCUAAAUAGACGCGUCCCUCACAUAAUUGCUCAUUUUAGAAAAAAAGAAGUGUCGACCAGUUUAUAGCCUGAGGGAAAACAAAAAAAAACCUAACGGUUCUAAGCAGCAAAAACUGAUCAAAAUAAAUGUAUCAUUAUGUAAACUUCAAAAUUUGAGAUUCUGACUUUGAGAAUCACUAAAAAGCCACACAGGAGGCUGUUUGAAGAUCAAUUUCGCAGGAUUACAUGGUUUAAAAACAAAAUUAUAUAGGAGAAAAGCGGAUGGACAGAUGAAUUAUGAUCUAGAAGCAUAUUUUUCGUGAAGGGUAAAACGGAUCAGAAACUAUUCAUUAUCUUUUUUUCCUUAUGCUUAAAAAGUUGCUGGAAAUUUUUGAAACGAUUUCUGGAAAAAUGAAAAUAAAUCUCUCUCUGUUAAAAAACUUCUAAUACUGAUAUAUUUUUGAUGCUCUCAUAAUCGGUGUUUAAAAUAUUCAAUUUUGAAAGCGACUUUAGAGAUAAUCUGAAGCCAAUGGAAAAAAAAAAACUCAAGUAUCUUUGACUCGCCUCAACCAAUAACAAGCUGCUCGAAUGCAUUUCCGUGCUAAAAAUUCGUCUCAAGAGACCUGAAAACAAAUCGUUCUUAUCAUUGCGAGUAGUUGUUCGGCGUCAGUUGUCGGGUCUCGUCGUACUCAAAAGAAAGAACCAAUUUCAGGAUUGUUUCCAUAUCGAUAGGCGUCCGGCGCCUCUCCAAAGUGUUCGACUAUCCCGUUAUAGCUGUAGCCGAAUCCUCCCGUCAGUAGUUUAUGGACGACAAGCCGCCCAGCCGCUGCUCUUUGUUUUCAAUCCGACGAUAUUUCUGUUCGAGAUGACCCCUUCUCCUGUGGCCAUGCGUAUACUGUUGCUGUGGAUGGUCGGAAUCUUUUCUGUUUCACCAAAUUCGGUGAAGAGAGAAACGGACGAAGCGCCGCCGCCGUCUUACAUGUUCACGGCAAAUCCAGAGACAGACGUUGCCUCGCAGGUCCUGUCCCACCGACCCAUCAUCUGUAACAACCACACAGAGUUUGAAUGCGUCUGCAUGCUGCCAAUCAUGUCUCCGGCGUCUUCUGAAAACCUCACGACUUCUUCCGACUCAACCAUUCCCGACUGCAGCAAGUUCAUCAAGGUAGUUUGAAUUUUAUUUUCAAAAAACCCUUCAAGUUCAAUUUCUCAGCUAUAAAUAGCCGAAAAAACGAGAAGCUGUUUUGCGUAUAUUCUGAUCGACGUGUUAAUUGAAGGUGUCAUGUUACGAGGAGAAAGGGAAGCGUUCGAUAGGGGAGAACCGGCUUCCGGUGGCUUUAUUUUUGAGAAACCUAGUUAGCUUCGAAAAAAUCCACUGAAAAAGGAAACUUACUUUAUUGAAAGUACGAAUUUUGCUAUCAAGUGAACAUUUUUCACCAAAAACAAUCAUUUUUUCUAGCUGUUUUCUGGACAGUAAUCUCGAAAUUGCUCACAAAAUCAAACAAUAGCUACUCCGGAGACUCAAAACCGCUGAAGCGCAACAAAAUUUUUGAAGCAAAGUAAAAACAAAAGAAAAAUGGCUUGUUGGGAUAUGAUAGUUUCAAGAAAUCACCAAAACAAUUUCUCGAAGCCUUGAUGACAAAAUGAAUGAGCAGAGCUGCACCUGCCAUUUUUGAAGUUGAUUUUAGUACCUCAAGUAACUCGAUUUAAUCGUUGAUUAACGCACGCGGCAAUCUAAUCUAUUAGCCAGUAUUUUAAGAACAACUUGUGUCAGAACGAAAAAUUCUACGAAAAAUCAUCGAAAAGCUCCAAUCUCCAGUAACAGUGUCGUGAUCUGAAGGCGCAUCGCCUAAACGUGCAAGGACCAACUAACAGGAUUAGUUAGCCCCGAUGUCAAUCCAAUUCCACGAUUUGCACUCAGCUUGAGAUGCAGUGCAAUAGCCAGAUAAUUCCGGACUCCAUGUGGAAAGAGAGAGAUCGGGAAAAUUAAGUAAACGUUACACUAUCACCUACAUCUCAAAUUUCCUCUCGAAUGAUGUUUACUUUCUAAAAUUUCCCAUUUUCCGGAGCCAAAAUAAUUCAAGCAACCUCGAUUCGAUUGUGUUUCCACCAGUUCACAAACUCAAUUGUAUUCAGACACAUUGCAAAACAGAGAAAGAAGCCAGAAUUUCAAACUUGAAAAGACUAGUGCUGAUUCUCCAAAAAAAAAAUUGAUGGAAAAAUAACCAAACUCAGAAAAUUUUCGACAAAUAACUUUUUUUUUUGUGAAUUUUCCCUCUGCUGUCUAUUCCAAUUUUCCACCUCAUUUUUUUUUCUCUCUCUUCAAUUUUAUGACCAACUUUUUUGUCUACGAAUUGAAAAUUUUUUCAUGAUAGAACUAUAUAAGAUCUUCUAGACUUCGCCUGAGAAAUUUCUCCCAAUAGUUUCUCACAUUUUUAAUGUCCCCGGUCACUUCCGUUAUUUCAAACUACGUUUUUAAUACUUUUGAACCCUCCAUCCGUUUUGGUCUGAGUGAAUGCAUAAAAAGUUCAAGAGCCUUUCGAGGGCCAACCCCAUCAAAAUUAUUGCCCUACUUGAGUUCUCCGAAAGAGAAAUAAAGAAAGAAAAAACCUAAAAAGCGAUUAGCUGAGCCGUUUUUUUUUUUUGAGCGCCGGAUACGCAACGAAGGCAAUUUUGGAGCCAAAUGGCAUACACAAAAAUAUAUUUUCCAGUGAAAAUGUAGUUUUUUAAUACUUGGAUUUCAUUGCUGGCUUCAAUGAAGUGAAAGUUGGAAUUGAACCUAUCAGAAUACCUCUGGAGAGAGCCAAUAAGUCAUGCAACCGACCAAAGCGGCUCCACAAACCGAACGAAAAUUUGCGCCGCUGGCAAAAACCGCAAUUUGUCUUGCAUGGCUCCCAUUCCGCCCGUGUUCCUCGUCGCUUUUUCCCAAGUGCGAAUCGAAUCAGUCCGAAAAGCAGUAAGAAGAUAAAUGCUUCUUUUUUUCGGCUUUUUUUUUUGCCUCUCGAGCAACUGUCAACUCGAUUACGAAUCGCCACACAGUUUUUUUCUUCUCCGGUGGACUCUUGGGGUGCCAUCGCGCAAAUAAAUUCCUUCAUAUUUGUCGAGCUGCUUUCGAAUCCCCUCAGAUUAAGUAUGACAUUGGCGGUUCGAGCAAACAUCUGACUUCAGAUGAAUAGAAUGUCGUAAUGGGGAUUAGUGAGAAACUGGAAAAUAUCAAGUGAAAAGCUUCCGGUUUUUUUUUGUAUUUUUUUUUUCGUGUCCAAACUAUUGUUUUUAGCUUGAAACUUUAGAUUUAAAGAUUGGAAAUAUAUAUUCCAUGAUUAGAAAAAUAGCUGAAGAGAGAGUGAGAAACCCAACCUUCCCUCAUGCACCACGCCAAUUCACAGCAGACUCGCUGAAAUGAGCUGAAAAAAAACAGCCGAAAAAUCGACAGAGAAAAGCAUCACAUAAAGCAGACGUUGAGUCAAACAAAAUCCUGCUGAAAAGCAAUAAGACUUUUUUUUUUUACUUGAAAAUGAAUUCCUGACGACUUCAACAGCUACUAUUUUCAGUACCAAAUUAAAAUCCAGAUGUCUCCAACACAUUUAUUUCUGUCCAGGCGCAAUUAUGACACAAAGGCGGGGGUUUUUUUUUUGAGAAACAAAAAAGAAAACCCAGCAAGAGUGAAAGAGAAAUGAGUUCCUCGUUUGAGCUUUUGCGAGCUUUUUCGGAACUCCAUUCUUUUCUUUGGACCACUCGAUUUCCUAAAAAGAGCGGAAAAGCAGGAAUCGGGAUGGACGGUUAUGCUAAAUAAAAAUUAGCCCUUGACAAAUCUCAAAAAAGGAAAACCUUUGGAGUUCUCAUUUCCGGCGCCAUUCAAAAAGAACGACAAUUUCCUGUGGCAUAGUGGGCAAUUACAACUCGCGAAAGAGAAAAAUGAAAAAAAGACGCAACUGAAGCUUCAAAAAGAAAAUCUUGGGAGCAUGAAUCAUCAAAAAUUAAAUUUUGCAGACAGAUGAACUUCCAGUGGUGGACAUGCGCAUGAGACACGUGAACACGGAAGCCCUUCUCUACACAAAACAAAGUUACGAGGUGCAAAACGUCUUCCUUCUAUUCAAAUCUCUUAGAAAUUUCAAUAACUUUAAUUAAAUAUUAAUUUCCAGUUUUUACAGAACAACGCAUGCCUCUGACUGUAAGUUAAACAAUAGAGCUACAGAAAAUAAACUUACGGAGUUAAUUAUAAUCAUUACCAGUUCUUAUUCAGCCGUUUAGAAAAAAUGACUUUUUUUUUCUAGAAAAAAUUGUAAUGAAUAAUUUCUUUUUCAGUUGAAAGUUCAAAGCUCAAUCUAUUAAAAAACCUUUCAGGAGUACUUCAAAAAGCGGAUUGCGGGGAUCGUGUCUCACUACUGCCAACACAACACCAACGAAUGUCCGGGCACAGCGUUGCGCAUGAACAAAGUGAGUGAGGUACUGUGCACGAUCCCUUUCCUUUUUUUUUUUUAAUUUUUUGUACAUCUGAACUGUUUUUCCUUAUUAGCACAUGGUCGUUUUUUUCUCUUUUUUUUGAAAUCUAUUUCGGAAAAGCGGGGCUGAAAACUCGUUAAAAGUUUGAAGCAUGUUGAAGAAUUUGUAAGCACGGUCUUAAAUUUUUGAAUUGUUCAAAUGUUAUUUUUGUCCUUUUUGCGAACUCUAUCGCAUGAUUGCUAAAACCUUGAAAUGAAAUCAACGAGUUAUUGAAAAUGGUUUCGUUAUCUUCGUACCCGUUCACAGGUUGAUAAUCCACACUCAACUGCCUUCUGCCCUCUUGAGUUUUUGAAAUGAUGAAAGUCUAACCAAAUCGCAAGUGAUCGCUCAAAAAUCACAUUGUCACUUUUUUUUGAUGUUCAAAUUUUUGUUGAUCCGAUGAACUAACCUCAAGUAUUUUCUUUUCGCUUUUGCAAGAAUUUUUGUAUGAUGUAAAAAUUUAUGUUCAUGUGAUUUAUUUUCCUUGGUUACACAAAAUUUGGUUGAAACCCACGGUCAAAAAUGAAAAAUUAAAAGAAGCUAACAGUGAACUUCGUUUUCAAAAAAUUAGAAAAGAUAUUACUGAAAUUUUGAAUAUAAAUACUUUUUUUUAAAAAGCUUUUGCACCACAAGCAUGUCUCCAACAACUUUUCGAAUCGCUCACUUUAAAUUCUAUUAAAAAACUUGAACACGCUUCGAGUAAAUUUGACGUACCAAUUUGGCAAAGGUUUUACAUCAUCAAUAAACUCUUGACACCUUUUUUCAAAAUGGCAGAAAAGCAGAAUAUCCGUUGAGUGUGGUGAAAUCAACUUUUAGGGGUCGGAAGAUGACGCUAACGAAGAAGUCACAUACGCGGUUGACGAAUCCGAACCCUUGUUGACACAGGAAAACGUCGUCCUUCUGCGAAUGGAACAUCUUCGCGCCAAUGUUACUCGUGUCCUUUUCGUUAUCAUCAAAAACGACAGAACUACAGUCAUUGACGAAGACGCCAUUAUCGACCCAGUUAAGGUGAAGAACCAGUGAAAAAAAGAUAUGAUCCUAGAAUUACAGGUGAAGUACAUUAUUGCAAGCCAAGCGACGCCGUUGUCGCGAGUCCUUGGUGGAAUUCGCAUUGAUAGCGUUCGCGUAGGUGGUCUUAAGCGAAACGUCAACUUCAAGGCGGCCUACGUCGGUGCCACCCACGCCCAGAGGCGCGACAACGAACGCGACAACUCAAAGCUGAUUCGUAUCAUUUGGAUCGUCGGGGGAUUCUUCGCGAUAACCUACCUUAUUGGCCUCUAUCAAUGUGUCAAGUGAGGUUUCGCCAAAUUCAGAUAUGAGUAAGCCUAGAAGAGUAAUUUUUGAAGAGGAAUUGUGGGAAAAAUUUUUUUUAAAAAGGUAUGAUUGUUUAAUGUUACAGUAGAUCUCAACGUUGGAUGCAGAGGCUAUUUCAUUAAGCAACAGGACAGGAUCUGAACAUCCCUUUCCUUAUUUGAAACAUUUUUUCUUAGCAUCGCAUAAUAAAAGUACUAGAAAGGUUCACUAACCGUAACUGGCUUUUAGGUACAACUGGAAGAAAUGGCAGCGGAAACGUCGUGGAUCAAAAGCAGAAAGCGUAGUCGGACUGGCAGCAGCCGCAGACGGACGCAACUAUGGCACCCUCGAAAGCAAACGACGACCAUCACGCAACGGCCACGCAAAUCAUCUCGGUGCUCACGUUACCGUCGCUGCAAUCGAAGAAAGGAUUCCUCUGACAUAUGUGGAGAUCGACGAAAACGCCAACGAAGACGUUGAAACGAGCGACGGAAGGCCAAGAGUGCUCAGCGACCGACAAGCACGUAAUUUGUUCAUGUGUGAUGCUUCUCAAUUGCCACGUGAAGCAACCAUCGACGGCUCUUUCGCCGUAUACGAACCCACGCCUCCGACCAAACGAAAAGAGUCACCACCAUCUCAGCAGCCUAAAGCAUCAGAAGCGCCUUCUGAAAGCUUCUUCCCACCUAGUGAAGCGUUCACUGAGUACGUCGAGGAGCAGUACAAUAAGAGCCGUGCGUCCAACGGCUCUCCUGACUACCAGACCAGCCAACCAACAACGCCACCUGCAGAAAUGUCUGGUCGACAAGGCUCUAUGCCGCCCGUCGUCUUGCUUCAGUCUUCUUCUCAGAUUGGUACUCCCGACUUCGACUCCACACCGGCAAAUGACAGCAAUGGUAACAAACUAAGAAGCGAAAGCCCAACGAUAGGAAGACCUCGAUCUCGGCGUGGAAGUCGCGUUGAUGAACCAGAAGGACUUCUGGAUCUUCGCGAACUGAAGCCACUCCACUUCGAAGACCCACUAGCAGAACCGCUCGACGCCCCAGUUCCAGCCGAUCAAAUUCAAACAGAGGUCGAUCCAGAGGACCGUUGGUCUAGCAGCGAGGAAGGUGAAGUCGAUGUCUACUACAAAAUGAGCGACGAUGAAGAUGGCAUCACGAAAGAAGAGGAGGAGUGGCAGAAAGCUUUGGCCAAAGCUAGCAAGGUCGCCGAAGCACAAGGAAAUCCGAUCAGAAAUGCGCCAGAAAUAGAGGUCCAGAGUCCGUCAGCCACUGAUCUGGCUGCUCAUCAGAAAACUCCACCUUCCUCGCUUGUCCACGACUCCGAUUCGGAAGCAGAAGACGCCGAAGAAGACGGUGACACAGAAAUGCCGCCGGCAGAAGACGCAGACAACUUCGUCUAUGAGCGCCUUCGGGAGGAACUCUCGCCGCAGCCCCCAAUCGUCGUUGAUCUAGACACGAUAGACCUUGACCUGGAACCUUUCACUGGCUCCAAGGAAAUGCCACCGCCACCUCCUCCAGAGCUUUUCGAUUCUCCGCCAGAAAGCAACAGCGAGCGUCAUUUCCUUGAUGACGAAGAAGCCGAUUCUUUGCGGUAAAAAUAGGAUGUUUCGCUAGAGUUUAUUUAUUUUUCUUGUUAAUGGAUCUACGAUAUGAAUACAAAUGAAGAUAUUUGCUAAAAGACACGGAGGAACUUUUUUUUUGUGCGUUCAAUUUAGUUGUUUAGUGUCAUAGUUCCGAGCCAAAUGACCCGAAAACUUUCUAAUUUUCGAGAGAAUCUCUCGUCCCCAUUAAAAAAAUGCUCAAGAAACUUUUUCUAUUCACGUUGAAGUUUGAAAAAAAUUAAAAAAAUGGGUAAAAAAAUUUAUAUAGACGCCCGGUGGCCCACAGAGCAAUAAGAAAAAAAUAUAUGAAAAAUCAGUUUCAAAUAUAUUAAAACUAAUCUUCCUACUUAAUCGCUUCAUUCUAUUGAAAGAAAUUGUUUUUUUAUAUUCUCCCAAAAUGCCCAACAACGUGCAAGGCCAAAAUCCAAAUGGUUUCACUUGAGUUACAAUAGAUAUUAGUCAUUGCCAAACUUCUCUCAUGUGUAAAUCGUCUAUCCCCGCUGUUAUUUUUUUCCGAAUCAAAACGAUUUAAUCAAAAACCGAUUGUGCCUACUGUGUAUUUGUUUCAUCAAAAUUUAUGUUCUUAUGAAUAAAACUAUGGAGAAUGGUUGUUUGACAAGAAUAAAAGUUGAAUGAAAAAUGGCAGAAAAAAUAAUCUGAAGAGAAAUGUUCCUGAAGACAGGCAAAAAUAAUCGAUAGGCAGAACGAGAACGACUCUCUAUUUUCGAAUUAA